UCGGCCAAACAAUAACAAACGAGCUCAUCUCAUCUCACUGGAGGUUGAAUCAAAGGUCGUUUUUUAUUAAAUACCUUGUUUAACUUGAGUAGCUCGUUUUACUUUAUUUUAUUAGUUAAAUAUUUAACGAGAUGUUUAAGGUUUAAUCUUAUCAAUUAUCAGGUAGUUAAAACUCCCGUCUCAGUUGCAAGUCAUAGCAAAGCUCUUAGUCUUUUUUGUUAUAAAAUUAUAAAAAUGGAUACUGUGCGGGCGGUUUUAGAUCUUUUGAAAAGUGGCAUUAAUAUUACCUUUAGUGGGAAGGAGCCCUGGCAAAUUGUCUCAAUAACUACUAGCUCUGUCCUGUUUAUUGUUUGGCUCUAUGAUUUUUUAGAUAGAGAUGAGAGCUUGUCGGUUCGAGGGAAAAAAACUAUUUUCCGCCUUGCAAAAUACAUCCCACAAGUGAGAAGAAAAGUUGAGGACGAACUAAAUGCCAUCAACAAAACAUUUCAGGAGGAUGUAAUAAAGAAAACUGCACAUCUAGAUUAUAUUGUCGAGCUGCCUGACAAGGGCCUGGAAAGAGAUGAAAUAAUAAAAAAAUUACAUGAAAACCUAAGAAUCAAUGAGGAAGCUUGGCAGAGUGGCUUGGCAUCAGGAGCUGUUUAUGCUGACGAUAGUAAUGUUAAAGAUUUGGUCGGAGAGGUCUUUAAGCUGUCUUCUUACACUAAUCCUUUGCAUCCAGACCUGUUUCCGGGUGUUUGUAAAAUGGAAGCAGAAGUAGUUAAAAUAAUUUGUAACCUCUUUCAUGGGGAUGAAAACUCUUGUGGCACCAUGACAACUGGAGGCACAGAGUCAAUUAUGAUGGCUUGUAAAGCUUAUAGAGAUUACGCCAAGGAAACUAGAGGCAUUAGGAGACCUGAAAUGGUUCUCCCAGUGACUGCUCAUUCUGGUUUCGAUAAGGCCGGUUUGUACUUAAAUAUAAGACUUAGGCACAUCCCCAUUGAUCCCAACACCUGUCAAGUUGAUAUUGAGGCAAUGAAAAGGGCUAUUAAUCGGAAUACUGUUAUGCUUGUUGGGUCUGCACCUAACUUUCCCUACGGUACUGUUGACAACAUUGCAGAAAUAUCAGAGCUGGGCCUCAAAUACAACAUCCCGGUGCACGUAGACUCUUGCUUAGGCGGCCUAUUAACCGUUUUUAUGGAAAAAGCGGGAUAUCCGCCCACCGUAACCGAUUUCCGAUUAAAAGGGGUGACGAGCAUAUCGGCUGACACCCAUAAAUACGGUUUCGCCCCUAAAGGCACCUCUGUAAUUUUAUACAGAGACCCCAAGUACCGCCACUGUCAAUACACCGUAACAACCGACUGGGUUGGGGGAGUCUACGGAUCACCAACUGUAAACGGCAGUAGAUCUGGUGGCAACAUCGCCACCUGCUGGGCGACUUUACUCUACCACGGAUUAAAUGGUUACGUGGACAGCACCAAGGACAUAAUUUAUACCACGCGUUUUAUCGAAAAAGGACUGCGACGUAUUAAGGGAAUUUUCAUAUUCGGUCAGCCGGCUACCAGUGUGGUGGCCAUCGGGAGUCACGACUUUGACAUUUUAAGGUUAUCCGACGCGUUGGAGAAACGCGGCUGGAGUUUAAACGUUUUGCAAUAUCCCUCGGGAAUUCAUAUUUGCAUCACUAAGUUACACACCAGAGCAACCAUUGCACAGAAAUUCUUGGAUGAUGUUAAAGAGGCGGUCGCGGAAAUUAUGAAGGAUCCCUCGGUACCCGUCGAGGGUAAAAUGGCUCUCUAUGGUACUGCCCAAAAGUUGCCCGAUAGGUCUAUAGUGGGAGACAUUACUAAGUACUUUUUGGAUAACAUGUAUUAUGUGCCUAAGCAGAAAACGGUGGAGUAUAAUUAAUGAAUUUAGUUAUUGUUUAUGCAAAGUGACCACAUUUUCAUUGAGAGAAGUGGGAUAAAAUGAGAAUUACAAUUUAGUUAUAUAAAUUUUAUUGGAUACAGUCAUGUACUUGUACAAAAGUGUAUUGGUUACUAAACAUUGGUAACUAUAAAAAUAUUUGUAAAAAGUAAUAGUCAUGAUUUUUAAUCAAAUUAAAUUUUUUAUACACAGUUAUAUUUUUGAUUCAAGUGAAUCAUUUAUUUAUAAGUCGCGAAAUAUUUCAUAUAAAUUGGUCAAAUUAUAUUUUACCCUUUAUAUAGGUUUUAAAGUUUUAAUGUUCAACUGCGUUGUUUCAGCAGUGCGAAUUCUACAAUUUUCAACAUAUUUUGAUAAGGAAUAUUGUUCUGUUGAAGGAAAUAAUAAAAUGAAUGAAUAACUCCAUCCAUUUUUUGUCUGUUCCACAUUUGCAAACAAACAACAUUUAAUUUUUUCAUUUGUACCAUACAUUUUACCAAAGACACCUCAUCAAAAAGGUCAUUUUCGGAAAAUGGUUACUGAUAUAUUCAAAAGGUUAAACUUACCAUAAAAUCUACUUUUUUAAUGUCACCCCAUUACAAUUUUUAAUAUCUUUUAACUGAACUGUCCAUUCUUCUAGAAAAGAUAUUCUAAGCAGCUAUAAAAAUAAUUUGACAUCUUCAGAAAAUCAAGUCGUUUAAUGGCAUCUUUUUCUUCCAGUCUGUGAUGGAUUGGAGGGAUGAUUAGUGAUGCCCUUUUGAAUAAUUAAAGUCGUUCCUUCUGGUAAAUUAUUGAUUUUAUUUAACACCUCCAUAAUUUAAAUUUUUCACUAAUUUUCACACCAUUGUGAAAUAAUGCUGAAAACAGAAGCCAAAUUUGUGAUGUGUCAUUUCCCAAAAAAGAGCUGCAAUAUUCUUGGACAACGAACUUGUGAUAAAAAUUAUGAUUUUCAUAAUUUGCAUAUUUUCUACAGCUGGUAAAAGAGCUAGCCAUCGUGUUUUGCUGUAACCAAGUAGGGGAGACCGGGUCACAGUGGCCACCUUUUACUUAUUGUUGGCAUAUUUUUCAGCCCAUUUAAGGUAUUUGAUUUUUUCUUUAAGGGAAAUAAAGAACAUAGUCUAUACUAAUAACGCAAAAUAUAUUUAAAAAAAAAUAAACAUUUUAAUCCGCCUUGAUUUUUGGCCACUGUACCCCGCACCAGGGGUAGAGUGGCCAUGACAUUGGGGCACACUGGUCACUAACAAAGAAAUACAGGUUAAAACUAAUAUUUAGGGAAGAUUACAUUAUAUUGUAUCCACUAAAGUCAACACCGAACUUAUAAGUUGUACGUAAUCUGGAAGUACCACCAUAAUCUAAAGGGGCUGGUAAAAUCGAAACAAUAUCAAAAACUGGGACUGAUGCCUCAUCUUUCACUUGAGGAAAAAAAAACUUAUUGCCUUUCUUCCUUAAGAAAUUAACUUUAUAUUCGUCGCGUUCAAUAUCUUCGACUUGGCCCACAUAGAACCUUAUUGUCUUUUUAGUUGCAAACCGAACCAACAAAUAGCACUUAACAUGUAUAUUGUCCAAAUUUUCAUCCAGUUCAACAAUGUCUUCAUCUGAUUCAAAAAUCUCUUCGUCGGAAGUAUGGCUCUCGGCUAAGUCUGAUAAUUCACCCUCACUUUCACUGCUGGAUGGCAUUAGUUUCAUUAUAUUUUUCUUACCUGUUACAGUGUUAUCUUGUUUAUUCUGUUUUUGUUUCAAACUCUCCUUUCGACAUUUUUCUAUAUAUUCUGUUCAUUACAGGUGUGCUUGUCAAUAUCUCUGCUUCUUUUUUUUACGUCCGGUUUUUCGUUCUUUAAUGUCAUUAACUUUUGGAUAUGGUCGUAAAUUUUCAGGAGAGAUUAAAGGUAAUCUAGACUCAUUUUGAUUCACUAAUGUAUCAUUUUUCAAAGGAAUUGAAUUACAAGAGCUGGUGGUCGGGAUGACCUGAUUUAACGGGGUGUUUGGUCUCACUGUCUUCUCAGGUUCUAUAUGUGAAGUUUGGUUCUUUGGUUUUUCUGGCUUAUCUGUGACUUCUGCUGCUACAUACUCAGCAUCUCCAUAUAGAAACUUGUUAAGGGGAAUAUUUCUGUACUAGCAAAACCAGAUAUGCAAUUUUUGUGUGAAAAGGCAAGAGGAUAAGCAACGCCUAAAAGUUCGGCUAUUUCGUAUAUAGUGGUACGCUUUCCGGGAUUAUUAGCCAGCCAAGAUUUACAAGCAUUAUUAUAAUAUGUUUUUAGUGGUCCAUACACACAUUUAUCCAGAGGCUGCAAUUUAUGGCUUGUGCGUGCGGUGGCAGCUGAACAGAAUUAUUCCUGAUUUUUUAGCUAAGGAGAUCACUUUAUAGGAUAAGUGUGUUUCAUGGUUAUCCAUGAUUAGUAAUAUCGGAUCUUCUUUCGCGGGCUUGACAUGUUUAAUAAAAUGCUGUAACCAAGAUUCAAAUAUUUUCGAAGUCAUCCAUCCGUUGGGCGAGGCUGCUCCCACUGUUCCUACUGGAGCAUUCUUGAUCAUAUUAUCUCGAAAAAUUACUCUUGGAAACACUAAUAGUGGUGGAACACAAUUUCCAAUAGCAUUAAUUGCUCCACACAUAGUAACUAGAAUGCCCCGUUCCGCAGAAGUCACUUGCCCAAGUUGUCUCUGACCCUUCUCUGCAAUAACUUUAGUUGAUCCUUGCACAGUCAUCAAUGCAAUUUCGUCGACGUUAUAAAUUUUACUGGCAUCUAAAGUAAGUUACUUUUCAUACAGUUUUAACAAAGUAUCGUAUCAUUUAUGAACUACGACUUUAUUGAAUGCUACAGAUCUUGACAAUGGGAUUCCGCUUCAUAAAAGCACUAAACCAGUCUGGGCCGGCAGAUUCAUUUGUAUGCCAACUUUGCGGAAUUUGUUUAUUAUUUGCAACUGCAAGAUCAUAAGCUAGCUUUCUAGCGGUUUUUGGUUGUAAGCCAUGUUGAAGUUUUUCGCACCGAAUUAAAUAUUGGCAUAAAACUGCCUCCUCUUCAUGUGUAAAAAUUUUUCGGCAUUCGUAAUUAAGGCACAUUUUUGGAAAUAUCGGCUCUUCCCAGUUAAUAUUUUGGUCACGGCAUUUUAAAAUAUAUCGUCGCAACGUGGUACGAGGUAUGGCAAAUCGCAGUGAAGCCGCUUUUGUAGAUAGACCUCCAUUUAAAACUGCAGUAACAGCUGCUUUCAUAUCAUUUUCGUCAACUAAGCCAAUAUUUGUCUUACGUUUGUUAAAGUUUUAUAAAAACGUGGAUUUUUAUGAUGCUUCUUACAGGCAAAUCAUUUUAUUGUUCAAAUUAUUCUUUAGUGAAAAAAAUUUUACCAAUAAUUGCUUCGGUUUUUGUCCUUGCAAAUGCAAUUGCACCAUGUAAGAUCAAAAAUUCAACAUUGUAACAUAUAGUGUACUUUUUUAAACGAUUUAUUUGAAUCGUUUGGUUAUUUUUAAUAAACAGUCCACCAAAAAGCGGGACUACCCCUCGAAAAUCGGGACGUGUGGUCACUUUGUAUAUAUGGCAUUUAAUUAUUUAUUUUUAAUAUUGAUAUACUUUACAGUGUAUAGGAAUGUUUUUAAUAAAAAGUGCUUUUUGUGACAAA